AAAUAAUCCCACCUCGCUAACAAACAAACACACACACACCAACCCCCGCAAGAACAGCUAAGCCAAGUUGCGGCCAUGGUGUUCGACGCGGGGACCGGCAGCGGCGGCGGCUCGCCGGCGGUGGGGAACCCUCUCCGCGUGAUCCUGACGGCGGCGUUCGCUCGGCAGGUGGCGGUGGGGCGGUGGUUCACGGUGUUCGCGAGCCUGCUGAUCCUGACGGCGUCGGGAGCGACGUACAUCUUCGGCAUCUACUCGCGGGCGCUGAAGGAGGCGCUGGGCUACGACCAGAGGACGCUCAACACCGUCUCCUUCUUCAAGGACCUCGGCGCCAACCUCGGCGUGCUCUCGGGCCUCAUCAACGAGGUGACGCCGCCGUGGGUGGUGCUGGCCAUCGGCGCCGCCAUGAACCUGUCGGGGUACCUGAUGGUGUACCUCGCCGUGGCCGGGAGGACGGGCGCGCCGCCGGUGUGGCUGGUGUGCCUGUACGUGUUCGUCGGGGCCAACUCGCAGUCGUUCGCCAACACCGGCGCGCUGGUCACCUGCGUCAAGAACUUCCCGGAGAGCCGCGGCGUGGUGCUGGGGAUACUGAAGGGGUUCGUCGGCCUCAGCGGCGCCGUGUACACGCAGCUCUACCUGGCGUUCUACGGCGACGACGCCAAGUCGCUGAUCCUGCUCAUCGCGUGGCUGCCGGCGGCGGUGUCGGUGGUGUUCGUCCACACGAUACGGAUCAUGCCGUACCCGCGCCGCCGCGGCGGGCAGGAGACGAGCAGCGACCCGUUCUUCUGCUUCCUCUACAUCUCCAUCGGCCUCGCCUGCUACCUCCUCGUCAUGAUCGUCGUGCAGAGGCAGUUCGCCUUCUCCCGCACCGCCUACGCCUGCGCCGCCGCCGCGCUCCUCAUCAUCCUCUUCCUCCCGCUCUGCGUCGUCAUCAAGCAGGAGUUCAAGAUCCACCGCGAGCGCCAGGAGCUCGACGCCGCCGAACUGCCGCCGACCAUCGCCGUCCUCGACCACGUCCAAAUGUCGAACACCACCACCAAGAAGGAGAAAGAGACAGAGACGGAAGCAGAGCAGCGGCGGCCUUCGUCUCCAGCGCCGGCGGAGGCGUGUUCGUCGUGCAUGGGCAGGUGGGUGAAGACCAUGUUCCGGCCGCCGGCGAGGGGGGAGGACUACACCAUCCUGCAGGCGCUGGUGAGCGUGGACAUGCUGGUGCUGUUCGUGGCGACCAUCUGCGGCGUCGGCGGGACGCUGACGGCGAUCGACAACAUGGGACAGAUCGGGCAGUCGCUGGGCUACCCGGCGAAGAGCAUCAACACCUUCGUCUCGCUCAUCAGCAUCUGGAACUACGCCGGCCGCGUCACCGCCGGCUUCGCCUCGGAGGUGUUCCUCGAGCGGUACCGCCUCCCGCGGCCGCUCAUGCUCACCGGUGUGCUCCUCCUCGCCGGCGCCGGCCACCUCCUCAUCGCGCUCGGCGUGCCGCGGUCGCUCUACGCCGCCUCCGUCAUCAUCGGCUUCUGCUUCGGCGCGCAGUGGCCGCUCGUCUUCGCCAUCAUCUCCGAGGUGUUCGGCCUCAAGUACUACUCCACGCUCUACAACUUCGGCGGCAUGGCCAGCCCCGUCGGCUCCUACAUCCUCAACGUGCGCGUCGCCGGGAGGCUCUACGACGCGGAGGCGGACCGGCAGCCCGGCCGCGGCCUCGCCGCCGGCGCCGGGCGCGACAAGGUGUGCCUCGGCGUGGACUGCUUCAAGCACUCGUUCCUCAUCAUCACGGCGGCCACCGUGUUCGGCGCGCUCGUCUCGCUGGUGCUCGUCUGGAGGACGUGGAGCUUCUACAAGGGGGACAUCUACGCGAGAUUCCGCGACGGCUCCGCCGCCGGAGAGGGAGCGGGAGGCCGGUUGCCGGUCGAGCAGCCGCAGCGGCGGCGGCGGCGGCCGGAGGAGGAGGAGUCAACGGCGGUCUAAGGAAGCAAAGAAUGAGGUGGUGAGAGUGCUUGGUGGUAGGUUGACUUAGUCAAUGAUGAUGUGUAUCAACUCGUUGCUGACGUGGCAUGGAAGCUAGCAUUACAAAAGCACACGAGAGUAAGAAAAAAUCAGGAGUUCCCAAAUCCGGUUGUGAAUUCGGUGAACACCCAACAACGACACAUCGGGAAUUUCUUCAUGCAAUUACAAGUUUUUGCUACUUGCUUUGGAAACUUUUGAUUUCGUGUCACCACGAUUUCAACAAAUUAUGUCGAAUGUAAAUAUAAGUAUACUCACUGCAUUCUAUAAUAUAUUGGGUAAUUACCUUUUCCCAUGUCGCAUAGGAUAAGGUUUAUAUUAUAUGUAACACCUAUUAACUCGCACAUCUUUUUUUCUCUA